AUGUUGGAGGGUGUAAUGUUGGAUCACACUGCUUUGUUUGUGUUAGGACCUCGGGAAAUAGGUACCAUUGCGGGGCAUCCCGCUAAUAUCCAACUAGCCAACGAUAACCCCAUUGGAGGGCCACAGUACCGACACCCUGAAAAGGCUAAGGAUGUCAUUAAAGGCAUGAUCACCGACAUGCACGACAGACAUAUCAUCGAACCAUCAACCGCUGUUUGGUUGUUUCCCAUUGUUUUAGUCACUAAACCCAAUGGUUCCAAACGCAUGUGUUUAGAUUUCCGAGCGGUAAACCAACCGAAGAACUGGGUGAGAAACUACCUCGAUGACGUGAUAGUGUGGGCUAAUGAUUUCACAACGUUGGUGGACAGGCUGGCCAGAGUGUUUGAUAGAUUCGUAGAAAUGGGAAUCAAGUUAAACUUAUUGAAGUGUCAGUCUGGCCAACAACAGGUGAGAUUUUUAGAGCAUGUAAUGUCAGAGAGAGGCAUUGAACCAGAUCCAGAGAAUGUCCGAGCUGUAUCAGAGUGUAAACCUAAACCCCCAAUUAAUGUGAAGCAAGUUUGCUGA